AUGGCCCUCAGGCAGGAAGACGUGGAGAAGUUUCUCAAUGAAAACCCCGCUUUCACAGAGCAAUACUUUGAAAAGGUUCUGAGCCCCGAGAAUGUGGUUGGUGCAUGUGAGGGUAGGGGCCUGGUGGAUUUCUCAACCUUUAAAGAACUAUGCCAGGUGGAAGAGAGUGAAGCCCUCUUUGAACUUGUUCAGGACAUGCAAGAAAGUAUCAACAUGGAGAAGGUGGUCUUCAAAAUCCUGAGGAGGGUAUGCACCAUCAUCCACGCCGACCGUUGCAGCCUCUUCAUGUACCGACAGAGGAACGGUGUUGCAGAACUAGCCACAAGGCUCUUCAACGUCCAGCCUGGCAGCACCCUGGAGGAGUGCCUGGUGCCCCCUGACUCCGAGAUUGUCUUCCCUCUGGACAUUGGGGUCAUUGGGAACGUGGCACAGACAAAGAAGACCGUCAACAUCCAGGACGUCAAUGAGUGCCCCCACUUCAGCUCAUUUGCAGAUGAGCUUACUGACUACGUGACCAAGAACAUACUUGCCACGCCCAUCAUGAAUGGCAAAGAUGUUGUUGCUGUAAUCAUGGCCAUAAACAAAACUGAUGGCCCAUUUUUCACCAGCGAAGAUCAAGAUGUUUUCUUGAAGUAUCUGAAUUUUGCCACCUUAAACCUCAAAAUCUAUCAUUUGAGCUAUCUGCACAACUGUGAGACUCGAAGAGGCCAGGUACUGCUUUGGUCCGCCAAUAAGGUGUUUGAGGAGCUUACGGAUAUUGAGAGACAAUUCCACAAGGCCUUUUACACAGUCCGAGCCUACCUAAACUGUGACCGCUACUCUGUGGGCCUCCUGGAUAUGACUAAGGAGAAGGAAUUCUUUGAUGUGUGGCCAGUGCUUAUGGGAGAAGCUCAACCAUAUUCAGGGCCCCGAACUCCUGAUGGCAGAGAAAUCCAGUUUUACAAAGUAAUUGACUAUAUCCUUCAUGGCAAAGAAGAUAUUAAAGUCAUUCCAACUCCCCCAGCGGAUCACUGGGCACUGGUCAGUGGCCUCCCAACCUACGUAGCAGAAAGUGGCUUUAUCUGUAACAUUAUGAAUGCCCCUGCAGAUGAGAUGUUUGAAUUUCAGGAAGGGCCACUAGAUGACUCUGGAUGGAUUAUAAAAAAUGUCCUCUCCAUGCCUAUAGUCAACAAAAAAGAGGAGAUUGUUGGCGUUGCUACUUUUUACAACAGGAAAGAUGGGAAACCCUUUGAUGAACAAGAUGAAGUUCUUAUGGAGUCUCUAACACAAUUCCUUGGCUGGUCUGUGCUCAACCCUGAUACCUAUGACAAGAUGAAUAAACUGGAAAACCGAAAGGACAUUGCCCAAGACAUGGUGUUGUACCACGUGAGAUGUGAUAAGGAUGAAAUCCAGGAAGUGCUGCCAACAAGAGAACGGCUGGGGAGAGAACCCAUGGACUGUGAUGAAGAUGAGCUCAGAGCAAUCCUGAAAGUCGAGCUGCCAGGACCUACCAAGUUUGACAUCUAUGAGUUCCACUUCUCAGACCUGGAAUGUACGGAGCUGGAGCUGGUGAAAUGUGGGAUCCAGAUGUACUAUGAGCUGGGUGUGGUCAAGAAGUUCCAGAUCCCCCAGGAGGUCCUAGUUCGGUUCUUAUAUUCGGUCAGCAAAGGAUACCGAAGAAUCACUUACCAUAACUGGCGCCAUGGCUUUAAUGUGGCCCAAACCAUGUUCACACUUCUCAUGACGGGCAAAUUGAAGGACUACUACACAGAUCUGGAAGCUUUUGCCAUGGUUACAGCUGGUCUAUGCCAUGACAUUGACCACAGGGGAACCAACAACCUCUACCAGAUGAAAUCCCAGAAUCCAUUAGCAAAGCUUCAUGGCUCAUCGAUUCUAGAAAGACACCAUCUGGAGUUUGGGAAGUUCUUGCUUGCAGAAGAGAGCCUGAAUAUCUAUCAGAACCUGAAUCGUCGCCAACACGAGCAUGUGAUCCACCUGAUGGACAUCGCCAUUAUUGCCACAGAUCUAGCCCUCUACUUCAAAAAAAGAACAAUGUUUCAGAAGAUUGUGGAUGAAUCCAAAGGAUAUGAAGACAAGAAAAGCUGGGUGGAGUACCUCUCCCUGGAGACAACAAGGAAAGAGAUUGUCAUGGCAAUGAUGAUGACUGCAUGUGACUUGUCUGCCAUCACCAAGCCUUGGGAAGUCCAGAGUAAGGUAGCACUGCUGGUGGCUGCUGAGUUCUGGGAGCAGGGUGACUUGGAGAGAACAGUGCUUGACCAGCAGCCAAUUCCCAUGAUGGACAGAAACAAAGCUGCUGAGCUGCCUAAGCUGCAAGUGGGGUUCAUUGACUUCGUGUGUACAUUCGUAUACAAGGAGUUUUCACGUUUCCAUGAGGAAAUCCAGCCGAUGUUUGACAGGCUGCAGAAUAACAGGAAGGAGUGGAAGGCCCUGGCUGAUGAGCAUGAGGCUAAAGUGAAAGCUUUGGAGGAAGAAAAGAAACAAGAAGACGGGAAAAUUGCAGCAAAGAAAGCUGGUACCGAGAUUUGCAAUGGAGGCCCGGCUCCAAAGUCUUCCACCUGCUGCAUUCUCUAA